AUGGCCGUCCCAAUAGCUGAUUUUGAGCUUACAAUUGGAAUGAAUACCGAGACUCAGUUUUACAGAAUAAAAAGAGAUUGGAUAAUUCGUUUUAAACUUGAUAACACUCUAAUUGGAUUGCAUGUGAGGUUCUUUACAAAUUAUCCCGUCUCCGGGGAGAAGUUUGUUCGCUCCAAGUUUUAUGAGCUUUCAAUCACACCAGCGAAACCUACAUUAAAGAAAUUGGACAGAUUUGAUGACUAUUUUGUACUUGGACCAAUUAAGCACUCGGGUGCUUUUCAUUUCGCUUUUACUACGGAUUGCUCCGAGUUCACUCCAGAAAUGACUAAAAACAAAGACUUCCUUUUAUAUGGUGGUCAGGGAUUUUUCGUUGUUGAAAGCCGAUUCUGUAUUGGCAGCCCAGAGGAUCUGGAUCGCUUUUCCCAAUGGGACCUCGAGGGUGUAGUUAUGCAGACUUAUAUUGCUAAAAAUCUAGGAUCAUUUAGCGAAUGGCGUGAUCGGCUAAGAGUUGCUUAUGAAACCGGCUACAAUAUGAUUCACUUUACACCUCUCCAGGAACUAGGCGUUUCCAGUUCUGGGUACUCAGUCAAGGAUCAAUUGGUGGUUAACCCAAAAUUUUCUGAAGAAGGACUAAUUAAAAAAAUCGGCUGGGAGGAAAUAGAGGAUUUAGUGAAAGAAAUGGAAACUGAGUGGUCUGUGCUCAGUAUGACUGACUUGGUGUUGAACCACACGGCAGUUGAUUCGCCUUGGAUCCAAGAACACACGGAGUGUGUUUACAACCUUGAGAAUUCUCCGCACCUUGUGCCCGCCUUCAUUGUGGACUAUGUUGUUUGGCGAAUGUCGCAAGAUUGCGCCGAGGGCAAGCUCGUCCACAAGCACAUUCCUCCGGGAUUCAGUCAUUCGGACACCCACAUGGCUGCCGUGAGGAAUUACCUCGUCGACGAGCUUAAGCAAUUAAAGCUUCAUGAGUUCUUUCAAGCUGAUAUCGCCGUCGUAUCAGAGGAAUUUAAACAGUGGCUUGCGUCAGGAGAGGAAGAGGCGCCCUACGUGGGCAAGGACAACGCGCUGACCCUGCGCAUAGUGGGUUCACGCGCGGGACACCGUUUCGGUGCCACCGUGGACUUCCAGCUGGCCAAGGAGAUUUUCGGUCACGACACACCCGAUGUGGCCGCGCACAACUUGCACGCUCGACUAACUGACAUGAAUCGAAAUAUCGAGGAAACUACAAUGCACAAUCUAUGGUGCGCUGUUGACUGUGUCGUCAGCGGGACACGCUACCGGUUCUUCGAUCCGUCGGGACCUUUGCUGGGCACCGUGACUGAGACGACACCACUUGUUGAACCAUAUUUCUUGUUUCCGAAAGAGAAUUUGAACACCGUAGCCGAUGCGGAGAACUUGGCUUUGAGCGACCAGGCCAAAUAUGUAAUGGCCUGCAAUGGUUGGGUAAUGAAUGCCAAUCCCUUGAAGAAUUUCGCCGAUGUUGACUCCAAUGUCUACUUCCGUCGUGAACUCAUAGUCUGGGCUGACUCUGUGAAACUCCGCUAUGGCGACAAACCCGAAGACUCCCCCUACCUCUGGGAUCGGAUGCUCGAGUACUCACGCAUGACGGCCAAAAUCUUCCACGGCGUUCGUCUGGACAACUGCCACAGCACUCCACUGCACGUCGCGCAGGCCAUGCUCGACGCCUGUCGUGAUGUUCGCCCGAACAUUUACGUCGUCGCGGAGCUCUUCACCGGUGACGAGGGCACCGACAACAUCUACUUGAACAAAUUGGGCAUCAGUUCUCUUGUGCGCGGUACGUGUCAAAUCAUCAAAAUGACACGAUUCUUUAUCGAAGGCAAUUGCUUGCUGUGUCAUAAGGGUUGGGCGUGUUUUGUUAGCACAGUCGACAAUGCGUUUAAAGAUGGCAGCACUGCUGAAGUUGUUGGCGAGACCCCACCUCCUCUUCUCUACCCCCCAACAGAGGCCCUUUCAGCGUACGACUGUCAUGAUCAAGGCAGGAUGGUCCACCGUUUCGGCGGUAUGCACCCCGCCGGUGGGUUUCCGCACGCCAUUCUGAAGCGUCGCGUGACGCCGAGCCUGCCGCACGCAAUCUUCUACGACCAGACCCACGACAACCCCUCGCCGGCCGUCAAACGCACCGUCUUCGACUACCUGCCGUCGUCGGCCCUCGUCACGAUGUCCGCGUGCUCCGUCGCCUCGGUCCGUGGCUACGACGAACUCGUGCCGUACCAGAUCGACGUGGUCAACGAGACGCGCCCCUACGCCAGUUGGUUCCAGCAGAUCAACAUCGCGACGGGCAUGCUUCGUGCCAAAAACGCCCUCAACAAACUGCAUCGUUGGAUGGCUGCCAACAACUUCCACGAGACGUUUGUCGACCAGGUCGACACAAACGUCAUCGCCGUGACCCGCCUCAGCGUGGACACCGCCGAGUCCAUCGUGAUGGUGACGCACUCGUGCUUCUUCGACCGCAGUCCCCACCCCGGGCACACGGGCUUCCGUCGCAUCGUGGUGAACGGUCGUGUGCGUCGCAUCCUAAUCGAGGCGCGCACCGUCAACCACGCCCUCGGCAACCCCAUGGACGAGUUCAAGCGCAGCGACAGUGUAAGUUUGCUGCCAACGAAAAACCACCCUGCUCCCACUGAUGAGACCCUAAAAAAUGCCAUCUUCCAGUCGCAGUCUGCCGGCAGUGUAUGUGUGUUGAGGGUCCCGGCAUGUUGUCUUGAACUACGCCGGGGCCACUGCGACAGUCUAGGCCGAAUAUGUUACCCUGUGUGUCCCCGAGAAGAUGAAGAAGACCGGAGUGAAGAAGGCACAACCGUUUACUAG